CGCGAGAUUUCAACAGACCGGAAGAGACGACGGUGAAGGUCGGGACGUAAACAUGGCAGCGCGCGGUGUGCUGAGGUCUGUGUGGACCUCGUUUUCCAGUUUGAAAUUAGCGAACACGAAGGUCCAACGUGGGGUGAAUAUUCCACAACUGUCUGCUGUAACCAUUCAGAGCCGAGGCAUCCGCCAAGUGGUGGAGAAGCAGGAGGGUAAAACAACAACGAUUGAGGGACAAAUAGCGGACGUUCCAGCGGCACCCGAGGCCCCGAACCCCGCAGCCAAGUGUCCUAUCUACAGAUGGAAUCUGCAGCACAAAUACAACUACACAGACGUCCUGUUGCUGAGUCAGUUCAUCAGGUCAGACGGAGGGAUGUUGUCAAAGAAAAUCACUGGUCUCUGUCCAGAGGAGCAUCGCAAGAUCGCCGUCUGCGUCCAGAUGGCUCAGCGAGCAGGUCUGCUCCCUGACCACAAACCCAAACUUCCAGAGGGCCACGUGCCGAGGAAGCCCAAGCCACAGCUCAAUAGAUACCUCACUCAUUGGUCCAUUGACACGGCGAAACCCAUAUACAGAAGUGGACUGAAGUGGUGUAAGAAGCGCAUGGCGGUUGGCAACCGGCUACUCCAGGACAAUGUGCGUUACGGUGUCAAGCACCUCAACAUAAGACACUGAAGGACCCACGGCCUGGUGAAUCAGAAGGCCCCCCCCCCCCCCCCCCAUGUCAUGCAGAGACGUUUGUGAUAUCUCCGUGAGAAAGGGCCUAAAAGCUUCACCCGUCUGUAUUUAUUCUACCUUUUGUUUAUCGAGCUGCGUCACCCUUUCAAUGAGGCAAACUCUGCCUGACCCCGGAGCGUCUUUUCUGUCUCUGCUGCGUUUCAAAAAAACUCCCUUGAAGUUUGCGACUUUGUGACAACCCAAUGUGAGCAACGACUGGGUCAGUGUGACAGUUUUAAAGUGGGUGGUAUAUUGACUGUGUAUACUCAAGGCAACGCAGAUGUGCAAAUAAAAAUGGGUCUGCUUA